AUGUUUUUAAUGUUAAUACCCCAAUUAGCUUUUAAAUUGCCGCUUUGUAAUCAAAUUAAUUUGUUGUGUGCCGCUGUUAAAGCUAUCGCAAUUAAUUAUAUGACCACGACCAAGCUCAUUUUGCCCAACACGCUGUGUUUGGGUGGAAUUUCAAUGUUUUUCGCGGCUAACUUUCAGGAAUCAAAUUAA